AUGGCCGAGCCAAAGUCAGUGUGUGUUUCAGUGGAUGAAGUGGUCUCAAAUGGCACAGAUAACCAAGAUGUUCGACUGAUGAAUGGACAUUUGAAGAAGGUGGACAAUACUCUGACAGAAGCUCAUCGUUUCUCCUACCUACCCCGCAGACCAGCUGUGAAUAUUGAGUUUAAAGAACUGUCAUAUUCUAUCCAAGAAGGACCAUGGUGGAGGAAGAAGGGUUAUAAGACCCUUUUGAAAGGAAUUUCAGGGAAGUUCAGCAGUGGAGAGCUUGUUGCAAUUAUGGGUCCUUCAGGAGCUGGGAAGUCAACGCUCAUGAACAUUCUAGCAGGAUACAGAGAGACGGGAAUGAAAGGAGAAAUUCUCAUCAAUGGACAGCCUCGUGACCUGCGUUCUUUUCGCAAAGUCUCCUGCUACAUCAUGCAAGAUGACAUGCUGCUUCCUCACCUGACUGUCCAGGAAGCUAUGAUGGUAUCUGCACAUCUGAAACUUCAGGAGAAAGAUGAAGGCAGAAGAGAAAUGGUAAAGGAAAUCCUGACAGCCCUCGGUUUGCUGACGUGUGCCAAUACAAGGACUGGCAGUCUUUCUGGAGGCCAGAGAAAGCGUCUUGCCAUCGCUUUGGAGCUGGUGAACAAUCCUCCUGUCAUGUUUUUUGAUGAACCAACCAGUGGCUUGGAUAGUGCAUCAUGUUUUCAAGUUGUCUCUUUGAUGAAGGCUUUAGCCCAGGGUGGCAGGUCCAUCAUUUGCACAAUUCACCAGCCCAGUGCUAAACUGUUUGAGUUGUUUGAUCAGCUCUAUGUUUUAAGUCAAGGUCAAUGCAUUUACCGUGGGAAGGUGGUAAACCUAGUCCCUUACUUGAGAGAGUUGGGUUUGAAUUGUCCAACCUACCACAAUCCAGCAGAUUUUGUUAUGGAGGUAGCAUCUGGUGAAUAUGGAGACCAGAAUGGCCGUCUGGUAAGGGCCGUACGGGAGAGGAUGUGUGACACAGACUACAAGAGAGAUGUUGGUGGGGAGAAUGAGUUGAAUCCCUUCCUCUGGCACCGGCCUUCUGAAGAGGAUUCCUCCUCCACAGAAGGCUGCCACAGCUUCUCCGCCAGCUGCCUAACCCAGUUCUGUAUCCUCUUCAAAAGAACUUUUCUCACCAUCAUGAGGGAUUCGGUGCUGACACACUUGCGUAUCACCUCACACAUUGGCAUCGGACUGCUCAUCGGCUUGCUCUACUUAGGCAUUGGCAAUGAAGCUAAGAAAGUCCUCAGCAACUCCGGCUUCCUCUUUUUUUCCAUGUUGUUUCUCAUGUUUGCCGCGCUCAUGCCAACUGUCCUCACAUUUCCUCUGGAGAUGGGAGUAUUUCUUAGGGAGCAUCUGAACUACUGGUACAGCUUGAAAGCCUACUAUCUCGCCAAAACCAUGGCUGAUGUUCCUUUUCAGAUCAUGUUUCCUGUGGCUUACUGCAGCAUCGUGUACUGGAUGACUUCACAGCCCUCUGAUGCACUGCGAUUUGUCCUCUUCGCAGCCUUGGGAACCAUGACAUCCCUGGUGGCUCAGUCACUGGGUCUUCUCAUAGGUGCAGCCUCUACAUCCCUCCAGGUGGCCACUUUUGUGGGCCCAGUUACUGCCAUCCCAGUGCUUCUUUUCUCUGGGUUUUUUGUCAGCUUUGAUACCAUCCCAACAUACCUCCAGUGGAUGUCCUACAUUUCCUAUGUCAGAUACGGGUUUGAAGGAGUUAUUCUCUCCAUCUAUGGACUGGAUCGAGAAGAUCUGCAUUGUGACAAAGAUGAUACUUGCCAUUUUCAAAAAUCAGAGGCCAUUCUGAGAGAACUGGAUGUAGAAAAUGCCAAACUUUACCUGGACUUCAUUGUUCUUGGAAUUUUCUUCUUCUCUCUGCGCCUGAUUGCCUAUUUUGUUCUCAGAUACAAAAUCCGAGCAGAGAGGUAAAGGAAAAACAGCUAAAACGAUGCAGUAGGAAGAUCUUUAGACAUGCAAUAGAGUGCACUUGACAUUGUCUCACUGUGGCAGGCCAGUCUCCAGUGCCCAGCUAGAUGCUGUUAUGACCUAGCCCAUAGAGAACCACAAUGGGAUAGUGGACAUAUAGUGUUAAGCCAAUCAGUCCAGUUGGGUUGGGUCAUGUUUUCAUUACACUUUCUAGCUUUAACUAGGAAGAAGAAAUAGAAGGGAAUUUUACACCACAGAAUAUCAAUACCGAGGCAGUGUAACCGUAAUAAAAAGCCUGGCUGCAGGAGCUUUCCUUGUGGAAACCGAUUUCAUGAUAAGGUAAUACAAGUCCUGGUAGCCAGAAUAGUAUAAUGUCAUCUAUAGGUGACAAGGCAAUGAGAUGAAAAACGGGGAAAGCAAAGAAAACAGGAUUCUCUCAUCUUUUUAAAUUCAGAGUUUCAUCUUUGCAGUUUUCUAUGUAUUACUUUGCAAUACUUUUCCACAGAAUUGUCCCUUCUGGCCAAAAGUCUGUAAAUGUAUUAAUAAGGUAAAGAGAUCUUUUUAAUACGGAUACUUUUUUAAAACAAACCUGAAGUGAUUGAAGUCAUUAUUUUUGUUUCUGUCUAAAUUUAGAACUCUGGUGCUUUGCUUGUCGAGCUGGUCUCAUAUCUGAAAAUUGUAAUGAUAGGAGGAAAAGGCAGAUUCUGAGUCUGUACUAAACCUGUGGUCCCUAUUUGGAAGCCACAACAGAUAGCACAGGCAGUCAGACAUGUUCAAGCUGCCACUGAAUGAUUGAAAAAACAUUCUUUUUCAGUGUCUUUUAAAUCCUCAAUAUUUGUGAUAUUUAAAAUGCUAACUCUACUCAUUAUCUGUAUGAUCUACCUCCUGCGAAUGAAAAAAUCAAAGCACUCCAAGGCUCAUUUUUUUUUCUCAAACUGUGAAUGCAGAAUCUAUCCCUAAAGCCUGAGCGAUUGUUAAAGCCUGACGGAGUGCAAGAGCUCUCCACAGCUCAUUGUGGUUAUUGUGUUAAAACAUGUGUGACUGCCUCAUAUGGCAGCGUUCCUUAUACGUGCAACACAUAUAGGACUCUCCUCAAAAUAUACAAAUGACCUGGUAAUACUGCAGGUCUAAUUAUGCCAAGCAGUUUUGUUCACACCCUGAAUUCUUCAUGCACGACAUGGGAACUGAUACUAAUUGAUCUAAACACCAAUGAAACCGUUAAAAGAAGCGUGCAUUUGUUUUGCGUAUCUCACCUUUGUAAACUGGGCAGUGGGAAUUCUGGUUCCAAGUUGAUGUGAAUUUUGACACUGAUUUUCAUGGGUUUGGAUUUUCGACCCAGAGUGAAAUCGUGGGGCCCAUACUCGUGUUGGACACCUUGGUGAACUUCUGUGUGAAUUCCUUUACCUCCUGCCAUUACUGUGUGUUUACCCCAGUGUUACAGACUUCCAAGUCAGACCUACAAAUUCUAUAAGACCUACAAAUUCCUAUCAGGAUGCUGAAGGCUUGUAGAUUGGAAGCAGCUCAAUGUCAGCAAACCAUUCAGGAGCUCAGCAGCUCAUGACAGUAAGGUGGAUGGGGAGGGACUUUGGGCAUGUGCUGGUCAGCAGCAGUCAACAGUUCUGACCAUUUUCAAGGACUUCAUGGCUACAUCUGUACUAGUAAACUAAAUAGAGCCAGGGCCAGCUCUGUUAGGCCUCAGGCAACUGGAACUGAUAGAAAUGGUUCCUGUACUGUACUAACUUCUAAACAAGAGCCCAAACAUUGCCUGGAAGAGCUCUGGCUGUGAUGGGCUGCAGCUCUGCCAUUUAGCAGUGAAGACAAUUGUUUCCCAGCUUUCCUGGCCCGUGCCCAGGCUCUGUUUAUUUUACCAAUAUAGACGUAGACCACGUGUGUCUGUUAAACUUGGGUACUUGAAUCAAGGCUGUGUUCUGGAAGACUUUAAGUCAAGUCACAUGGUUUAGGAAGGUUAGCUGAACUUUUCCUGAAAAUAAGAUUGACCUAUGAAACCAAGGUCAAUUGUUAGUGUAGAAAUAAAAAAUCCUUACACAACCUCUUUGCAUAAUUUUGUUGCUGUUUUUUUCAAAAAAUGUCCUGGAGACAGUAGAGCUCUUGUACAGUUCUGCAGCUCCCUCAGGCAUAAUCACAAACUUGUAUGGGUCUGUAUGGCUGUCAGAUAUGAGAAAUUAAAUUUUUGGCUAUUCUGAAUAAUACCCAUAACUGAACAGUUUUUAAAUAAGUCACAAGCUGAAAUCCCUUGGCACAACAUGUCUUGAUUAUUUCAAGACUCUCAAAAUAUUUGUGAAUAAUACAGGUGGUUCAAAUGCUAUUUGCAAACAGAUAAAAAAACUACCUUUGCCAGAUUACUCUCUUGUUGCACACUGCUGGUCCAGAGUAGGAAAGAGUGUAAUGUCCAUGGCAUUAAAUACCUUCAGGGUUCAUGUUUUGCGUUUACCAACACCAUUUACCAAAUACCACAUUGAAAAUCCAUUGCAGUGUACCAAAUGAAGUAACUUGCUGACAUUUCAACACUGUUAACUCAUGUAAUGACAAUGAUGUCUUCUCCCAUCUAGAUCAAUUUCGCAGUAUGAGUUCCUUGGACACUGUCUUGUUAUCUGUGUCUGUUCCUCUGUUUGUAGACCUCCUUAUUUUACCACUUUAGCCUGCAAUGAGUCCUCCUGUAAUUUUGUGUUGUAUUAUGGUAGCCAAAAGUCUGGUCCUCCCCGGGUGUUCCUAAGAAAAUGCAUGCUCUGGAAUAUUUUUUGUCACUCCUAUUUUUUGUUAGAUAUGCUUUUUCCCAGCCAUCUGCUGGCAGCAUUUGGCUCAAAGUUACUAUUCUAAGGAACGCUUUCAGACUGUAGAAUCCCAGUAAAGAAAUAAAUUAAUUCUUUUGAAACUCAGUGCUACACAUAAAUGAGAUAAUCAUUCUUUCCCUCCUUAGGUCUAAAAUUAACUAAUGAUAUCUCUUUUGCCACUGCUGUGCGACAGAAGUAUUUAAAGUCCAUCCCAAUUAUGUUUGCAUAUACUGCAAAAAUUUUUAACAUAGCCUCAACUUGGCUUCUUUCUAUUUAUGUGGAAAUAAAUUCUAACAGGCUGAUAUAAAACACAUUCCCAGGUUAAUGGACUGAGCAUGCAUGUGCUGUAGCGGAAAGCAAUCGCAUUGUGAAGCUCUGGAGGCUUCACGUGGAAGAAUAAUGAAGCCAGCAAGAUUCUAAAGACUUCAAAUCCUCCAUUUAUAUAGCCAUAUAUAAAUAGCCAUAAACCGGUUAAAAUCAGUGCCAUUAUUACCAUUCAAACUAGUCACAAUCUGGCUAAAAUUUGCCUAAGAGGAUAAAGUUUUUUUAAAGUUCUCUUGAAGACUGAAUGUAUGAUUCCUGUUGGGAUUGCAGGAAGACUUUAGUGUUCUGUUGGCCUCCUUAUUUUGUUUCGAUUUGUUUUGUGCAUGUUGCUUCGGUUACUGUGUGCAUCAGUUAAGACUUUAUGUGCUUCGGAUUUUUUUUUGGUCAUUUUUCUUUGUGGAAACUUGCAUAUAAUCCGGAAAACCCUGAAAGUUUUUUAAAAAGGAACUUAAAACAUUAUUACUUAAAACUAAAUAAAAGAUUUGGAAAACAGAUUCUGCUCACGUAAGAAAUUGAGAAAAUUUCAUCUUUAUGGAUCAAAGGGAGUAACAGGAGAAUAUCUGAUGCUGAAAUCCUGUUCACUCCUUAAUAUUUGGAGCCCAAGAUGUCUUUUUUUCACUAGAGGAGAAGAAUAUACAUACACAUCACAGGGAGAGCUGUUUAUGCAAGUGGGAGAAAAUGAACACUUGAGUCCAAGUGCAGGAUGUAUCCAAUGACUGGCAUUUCAAUCUAUUCUUUUGUGUCAAGGUCUAUGUUGUCAACAGAAAUGACUGUUUCAUUAAACAUAUGUUUCUAGAAAGCAGCCUGUUACAUACUGACCUGUACCUCCCCAGUGAUCCUCACAGAGGGUGGUCCUAGCUGUCCUGUUUUCUCAAGACUAGGUGGAUGUCUUCUGCUCUAAUGGGAUCCUUUGAAGCCCUGUUCCAACGCAGUGCUUAAGUAUCUUAACUUCUCACAUCUGCGUUGUGAACCAGAGGAAUGACCAAUGUCUUUAAGAUCAGGUCCAGGCUUAAGUGCUUUGCUGGGUGAGGGCUGUGUUGCGCAGGAAGGCUGAGGUGCUGACUGGCUGAACAGACUCGGAGACUCAACUGAAAAAUCUGCUUGCUUUGGGUUAGUCUCUAGGAGAUUACAGCUUUGCAGUGAUCUUGAAUUAAUCUUUUUGAAUCACAAAAUACUUCUUUUCAGGAGAAAGAGGAGAGUGAAAAUCAAGCAUGGAGAUGAGUCUAUAUUUUUCUGUAUGUUUACUGUUGCUUUGCAUAAUUGCUUUUGUUACCUGCUUAGUUUUGUUAAGGAAAAAGGAACUUUUUUUUUUUUUUCCUUUCUGUACUAGAAAUGCCAAUCCAGGACUGCUUUACAUUCAAACAAUGUCAGCAUUUAUUUUUAUUUUCCAAACUAAGCAGGAAGGGAUCUUAAUUAAGUAUUUUUCUGUGUUAACUUUUAUUGGAAUGUGAUUUUAUUCUUUCAUCUCCUACUCUGUGACGAUUGUAUUCAGGAAUGAUGACAAGGGGCAGAGGAAGAGAGUUAACAUUUCCAAAUCGAGCUUCUCAGAAAAUGCAUGUGAGGAGGGUGCAAACAGCAGGCGUACCUCUUUCUGCAGCCUGAUGCACCUUCUUCCACGUUGCCUUUGCUCACCGAGCUUCAGUCCAGUCUCAGCUGGUGGCCGGGUGGGAGGGAGGGUCACAUGUGUUUGUCCUGCAUGAUGCAGGAGACCCUCCCCAGCACUGCAGGGCUAGUUACCAGCACCUUCUCUGGGGACAAAUUAGUUCUGUGGGGAGUCCCUGAUACCCUUGGGGUCUGCUCUGGUGUUCCUUGAUCUUGGUACAGCAGAGUCUGGCCUGGAGCCUUCUUCACGGGGGCGCAGGUGGUCAGCUGUGGCGUUGGUCUACUUGUUAGGAUCCAGGUGUGGAGUAGGAGGAUGUUACAUGCAUGCUGCUUUUAACUAUGGAUACCAUGAUUUGGGUAAUGAAAUUCAUUUCUUUUUCAUUUUCGUCAACUGGGUAGUGUUUUUGGAGAUGGUUUAUCUCAAAACCAUAGCUGUCUAAAAACAAGAGGCUCAGUCUCAGUUAAUCAUCUACUGUUCUCUGAAAAAAAAAAAAAGGAAAGAAACGGCCAUGUCCAGGACAAAUGGACCCAAGGUACUUCCAUAAUUCCCUGAGGUAGGUAUUUUUUCUAGUGACUUGAAUUCUGGCCUUUACAGUGAGUAUUCUUAUAGCAGUUGCCACAUUUGAAGUUGCACCUCUUCCCAGGGGGGUUCAGGGCAAUGUCAUCUGGAGCAGGACUGGAUCCUCAUCUUGCCAGUAUGGUUCCAGUUUUUGCAACAGCCCUGAAGUGGACAAAUUGAAAUGUUAGCAGUAUAAUUCAGCUUCCUGGACUUACUGAGCUGUAGUUUAUGCAUUUCUUCUGGUUUCUUAAGCUCCUUCUUAAGUUAGUGGGGACUAGAUGGGCAGCUACAAAGGCACUUCUUCACACUGAACUUAGCGUCUCCUUUGGGAUCUUUCCUGGGCAUGUAUUUUGGGCACUGGCAGAAGAUUUGGAAUUGGGUAUUGUUACAAAAAACUAUGGUUUGCCCUCAUGGAGGUACAUAACACUUGCCCUGAUGAUCAAGAGAGCCUAGGAAGGUACCUUAGAUAGUCUGUCUACCUGCUCUGGACAUAUCAAAUUAGAGGAGACGAGCCCCUGUACGUUGAAAAUUUAGAGCUUAAAGCUUUGGCACUUCAACCUUUGGAGCUCAGACCUUUGGGGCUGGAAGUUCAAGCAAUUCCUUGCUGCAAUGAAAACUUGUUAAAACUGGUCUUACAUUGUGGGUACCAUCGCACACUUAACAAGUAGAUGUGGUAGUUUAGGUUACCUUGUUUUUGUAGCCCUACUGUAAGUUAGAAAAGGUCUAGACUUUGCCCUGAACUCUUGAGUGUUAGGAUCGUUGUUCCCUUUAACACUCAGGCAGGAUAGGAAAGAUCCCUGUCAAAAGCAGGAUUAGAAAACAUCGAGGUUGGUUUUGGCAAUAUCUAGCCUUAGGCACCUUCAGAGCAGGUUGACUGUGGCAGAUAAUUGGUCUGUAUUUCUGCAGGGGGGAUCUCAGUGGUAGCUGAAGAGAUACUGUCCCACGUGUUGUUCUUUUUUCUUUGAGAAAAUCUUCUCAUGUGUAUCCAUUUUCCUCCCAGAACAGCCCAAUAGGGUGCAAUCACUCAGGAAUUUCUUUCCUUUAGUUCUGUACAGAAAGCCGUUUAUAAAGUAUGAUAAUAACAAAGGCAUUUUGAAAAGCAGUUGGGAGCUAGAAGGAAGCAGAAAAUGACCUCGUGUCAUGUCCUCUGUAGCAGUUUGUGAUGGACUGAUCGUUGCUGUGCCCGUGACAUGGGUCCUAUUAAUCCUGCCACACAGCAUUGGCAAGUGCACAAAUUAAGUGCUGAGUGUCACUGAAGUUAAUCAUGAGCUCUGCUGUUUGUGUACAGGGGCAGUAGCAUUUUUGGGGGUCAACUCCUACUGCCCUGUUUUCAUAAUAUAUAAAGAUGCUGUUGUAAGGGAUCCCACUGAGUGGCUUUUAUAACCCCAGAUAUGCUUUUAUAACCCCAGAUAUCCUUCUGCAUAUUACAUGUCCAGAAGUUGCAGGUUGAGCCUGCAGACAUAACAGGUUUGCUUUUCAUUCUGUGUGUGUAUUAGCAUAUUCCUGUUUCUGUACGCAUUUCACGUAGAGGUUGUGAAGGAGUAAUGGUACUGUAGAGCAUGAAAUGUAGCUUCAGUGCAUUUAUUAUUUUGAAAUCUUAUCAUGAACCAUAACUUAAUGCAGUUGUCAGCUGUAGAACCUCCCUUUAAGAGAUUUAGAUUUCUGUUGAGACCCAUUGCCAGCACAGUAAAACAAAGGGUGACCAGGCAAAAUAAGUAUCCUUUGGCACAAGAAAUCCCCAUGACUCAGCCUGCCAGCCUACAUUCUCUGCAUUCUUUAUGCCUUCAAGAUACAUCAAGAUUUUGUCGACCCAUUUUCUUUCUGGGGGCCUCCAUGCAGGUCAUCCCAUGCAUACCAGUUGCUUGCAUCCUUAUUGCUAGAUAUUUGUGGCUGCUGUCCAUGUGGGGUGUAAAAUUGAGCUGCUGGGGAACAGAGCACGGUAGUUCCAAAUGGAGAGAUGACUUUCAGACUUCUGUGAGUUAGCGAAUACCUAAUGUGCUGGAUCUGUGAGUGUGCUUUGCUCUUUCAAGAAGAAAAAACCUCUAAAAUGUCUUUUUAAGCAGAUUGCAAGGCGACAUGGAAGUCUUUACUUUUAAAGUUGAUAGUUUUUUACUUCAGUGGCAUCUGUGAUGUCUUUUUUUUUUUUUUCCUGGCCCCAUUGUAGCUUAUUUUAGUAGCCCAUUUAGGAUAAUUGUUAUACAAACUCCGUUCUAUUACUUCCAAAAACCAGCUUUCCUGGCCUCAAUGAUAAUUGUACCAACCUUUACAAAUGUAAAUUAGUUGUUGAGCAAUUAAAAAAAAAUUGGAAAAAAUGCUCUUAAAUUAUGGUAAAAGUAAAUGAAAUUUAAGGAAAUUGAUUCUGUGAUUCUGUGAAAAGGUUACACAGAUAUAUCUAAAAUGAAGACAAACAAGUCCUGCAGUGUGGCCAAGCCUUUACCUGUGUGAGUAAAGAUUUGUGAAAUACCUUAUCUGAGUCAGUUGACCUUAUUGUGAGAUACUGCCCUUGAAUCUGUUACUGAAUUAUUUAACGUUUGUUCUUUUGUUUUUAAAGCAAGAGUCAAUGCAAGGUAUCAUUUUAAAUCAGCGUGCUAAAGUGUGCAUAUUCUGGUAUAUCUAAUAUGUCAUUGUUGUCUCUUGUUUCUGUAAUGCAUUUGCAUUACUAUGAAUCAAUUUUAUUAUGCUUCUCUAGAGACUACUGCUGCCUGCACGCUGUGAUAUAUUUGCACUGUUGUAGAUAUAUAUAUAUGCAUAUAUAUAAUUAUAUUAUAUAAACCAUGUCUUUUUCAGGUUGCUUGUUACCUUUGUAGUUUACGCUUACCGGUACAGUGGACCUGAGUAAAAAUGUGGGAUGUGGGGCAUUCUGAUGAUAUAUUACAAUAAUAGAGAAAUCUUUGUAUAUUUCUGUAUACUUAAUACCCGUAAGAAGAGAUUUGUAUGUGCAUUAUUUUCCAAACUAGGGCUUUGUUUUCUGAGACUAGAGAACAUUUAUGAUAAUGUUACAAAACAACAAAAAAAAAUCAAAUAAAGUGUUAUUAUUUUCAGACA